AUGGCGACGGCACCGACCAGCCCGUUCCCGCGAUUUGUGGCUGCGUCUGCCGGCUCGGAAGAGCCUGUGCCGACGCCUGCUGCAGAGAGUAACGACACCCACACUGGAGAUGAUCCGCUGAUGUACCAGUUCAUUGCGGGGACCAACUCGGGCCUGGCGGUGGUUAUGGUGGGCCAUCCGUUUGAUACGCUCAAGGUGCGGCUGCAGGUCGAUGGGGCAGCGGGCGCGCGCAAGUACAAGGGCCCACUGGACUGUCUGAUCAAGACGGUGCGGAACGAAGGUGUGAUGGCGCUGUACAAGGGGGUGCGGUCGCCGCUCUCGGGCACGCCGUUCAUCUACGCAUGCUCGUUUGGAGGGUGGGGGCUCGGUGAGUACCUGCUGAAGGAGUAUGUGCCGUCGGCCAUCGAGCCCAAGACCGGCGGCGAGGCCGGCGAGACGCAGCUGACGGUCCCUGGCCUCUUCUACAUCGGUGUCUUCUCUGGCUUUGUUCAGUCGUUUGUCUACGUUCCCACCGAGCUGGUCAAGAAGCGGCUGAUGAUCCAGGACAACGCCAAGGGCGACGUUGGCAAGCUCCGCUACAAGGGCAUGAUCGACUGCGCCCGCCAGGUUGUCAAGGAGGGUGGCAUCCGCUCGCUCUACGUUGGCUUCCCACUUGUCCUCGCCGGCUACAUGCCUGCCGUUGGUCUGUGGUACGGCUCGUAUGGUUACUUCCGCCGCAAGUUUUCCAAGAAGGGCGAGGAGAAGAACCCAUCGCCGCUGGUCUCGAUCGCUGCAGGUGGCCUGGCCGGAGUUGUGGCCUACGGAACCUUCUUCCCGCUCGACCUGCUCUCGGCGCGGCUGCAGACGGCCGAGGUGUACAAGGGCCCGCUCCCGAUCAUCAAGCAGGUGUGGAAGAGCGAGGGCCUGCGCGGGUUUUACAAGGGCUACCUGCCGUGCUUGAUGCGGGCGUUCCCGGCCGAUGGCGCGCUCUUCCUGGCCUACGAGGUGACGAUGAAGGCGCUCCGCAAGAUCAACCCUUGAGCCCGGCCUGGCCGCGAAGCGCCUUGCGGGCCAUGUCGAAUGGGAUGAUGAGCGUGGCAAGGCCAAAGACCCAGGCCCACUCGUCUAGAGUGAGCGGGACGACACGGAGGAGGGAGCCAAAGAAGAGCGUAAAUGAGACCUGGACGACAAAGA